GCUCACAGACAGCUUCACACACACACACACACACAGUGCCUCUUCUCUCUCUCUAGCAUCUCUUUCUCUCUCUUCUGAGUUUCCCACCGGCGUCUGAAUCCCACCGCAUUCCCCGGCCGCCAUGGAUUUCACCAUCCGUGGCGCCUCGAAGCUCUGGUUUUCUGUACUUUUUGUGGCGUUACCGAUUUUUGUGGCGGUUGCAUUGCCGGAAAAUUCGACUUCUAGGUCGUCGUCUCCAGCAAUGUCCGGCCAAAUCAACUCAAAUUCCAUCCUCGUCGCUUUACUGGACUCUCAUUAUACGGAGCUGGCCGAGUUAGUUGAGAAGGCUAUGCUAUUGCAGACCCUAGAAGACGCCGUCGGCAACCACAACAUCACCAUUUUCGCCCCUAAAAAUGAAGCUCUGGAGCGCGAUCUAGACCCUGAGUUUAAGAGGUUCCUUCUUGAACCGGGGAACUUGAAGUCGCUCCAGACCUUGCUGAUGUUCCAUGUGAUUCCGACUCGGAUCGGAUCGAAAGACUGGCCGAGUCAUUCCAAGUCCGCACCGCAAUCCACGCUUUCCAAGCACGUUCUUCAUCUCGUUGGUCAUGAUUCCGGGGAGAAGACCGUCGAUCUCGCCAAUGUGAUUCAAUCCGAUGCAAUUACCAGACCGGACGGCGUUAUUCACGGGAUUGAACGAUUGUUAAUCCCUCAGUCCGUACAGGAUGAUUUCAAUCGCAGACGGAAUCUUCAGGCUAUAACCGCCGUGAAGCCGGAGGGAGCUCCUGAAGUGGAUCCCAGGACUCACCGGCUAAAGAAACCUGCUCCACAUGCCGAACCUGGUUCAACGCCUGCCCUUCCGAUAUACGAUGCGUUGGCUCCAGGACCUAGUUUGGCUCCGGCUCCAGCACCAGGGCCCGGCGGAGCUCAUCGUCAUUUCAACGGCGAGAGGCAAGUCAAAGAUUUCAUCCACACUCUGCUACACUAUGGUGGAUACAACGAAAUGGCCGACAUUCUGGUUAACCUAACAUCGCUAGCGACGGAAAUGGGGCGGCUAGUAUCGGAGGGUUAUGUGCUCACUGUUCUGGCUCCGAACGAUGAAGCCAUGGCUAAACUAACUACAGACCAGUUGAGCGAGCCAGGGGCACCAGAGCAGAUUAUGUACUAUCAUCUAAUACCCGAGUAUCAGACGGAAGAGAGCAUGUACAACGCUGUAAGGAGGUUCGGGAAGGUGCGAUACGACUCCUUGAGGUUGCCGCACAAAGUAGUGGCUCAAGAGGCCGAUGGGUCGGUCAAGUUCGGUAAUGGAGAUGGAUCGGCAUAUUUGUUCGAUCCUGAUAUUUACACGGAUGGACGAAUCUCGGUGCAGGGCAUUGAUGGAGUAUUAUUCCCGCCGGAGGAGACGGAGGCCAAGAACGUACCAAAGGCAGUUCAACCCACUAAAGUCGCGGCCAAGCCCCGGAGAGGGAAACUACUGGAAGUUACUUGCAGGAUGUUGGGAACUUUUGGACAGGAUUCCUCUUUCACAGCUUGUCACUGAAGUUUGCGUUGGUUGAUUAAACCGAAGAAAAAGAUGUGCUAGAAUUUGAUAGGAUGCAGAUGGUGUCAAACAGAAAGGAAGAUUGCAAGGAGGGACGACUCAAAGGUCACAUAAUCUAUGUUUUAAGCGACUUCGGUGGGCUGGUGGUUGGAGAAAAGACGGUGCAGCAUUUUCUUCUUCUUUUUUGAAAAAAUCAUUGUUAUGGAGUACAUAAAUGCAAGUCUAUUUUGUAUACCUUAUUCAUCGUCAGUGGUGGAGGUGGGAAUUGUAAGUUGAGUCUGUCCUAGGCAUAGGCAUAUGGACAGGUAACUUGCAUGCUUCUAAUCUGCCUCAGUCAAUCAUUUCAAAUAAAAUGUAUUGUGGAGUGCGAAAAAUGAAAAUUCUUUCUGAAA